AUGAUCUCACCGGCAUGGCGUCAGGGUGGGCAAGGCCCGGGCUUCAGUCCCCAGUUGUAUUCGGUCUUGCUCAUCCUGGUACAGAUCUCCAACCAGCAACAUGAUCCGGCUAGGAACUUUUGCCGCCGAUUUGGUCAUCAAACGGCUAUCAUCGACCGCAAGCUUUAUAUUGAUGGAGGCUUCAUCAACUGGAGCCCCAUGUCCCAGUAUCCAGCAAACAAAUCAAGUAAGCAAAAGGCAAUGGGACAGGGUGGUGGAAAGUUGGAGGUCAAAGCUAGAGGAGCGGACCUGGCUGACAUGGACGCAUUAGACACUUGGCUACUAUACCAAGAUCUUGAUUCUAGCAGCCCCAGCGGCAUGCCUCAACUGUAUGCUAACCUCUCGAAAAACGAAAGCAUACCCCAAGUCAGUGGUGGAGUGCUUUGGGCAGAUGAUGUGAACAAGCGUUUCUAUCUGUAUGGCGGGGCCAUAAACGAUGCCUCGGAGCGAUUGAACUCAUUCGAGCUGUGGUCAUACGACGUCAUAUAUGACAAGUGGGAUUCCUUUGGUCCCUCUGAUAUUGGAAUCCAGCGUUUAGCAUACGGUGCCGGUGUCGGGGUUUCCAGGACAGGGAAAGGGUAUUAUUACGGCGGAUGGAUGUCCAAUUCGACAGUUCCAGGUUGGCAAGGCUUGCCUACCGCAACCUCAUAUCUGGUGACAUACGAUUACGAUUCGAACAGCUGGAGCAAUGACACCGGCCCCGAUGAUAUCCCGCGGGCAGAAGGCUCAAUGGUCUUCAUUCCUGCUGCCGACGGCGGCAUAUUGGUGUACAUAGGGGGCAUAACCGACUUGUCGGGAAACGGCACGGCGAUUAAAGGGCAGUCUCUUGCCAAAAUUAUCCUCUUAGAUGUUCUCAACGCAAAGUGGUAUACCCAGGAUGCCACUGGUGACGUGCCUGACAUGCGCCGGCGGUUCUGCAUGGACGUGACCUGGGCCGCCGACAGAUCAAGCUACAACAUAUAUCUCUACGGCGGAAUGGGUAUUGCGCCGGAUAAACAAGCCGGCUUCGACGACGUUUACGUCCUUUCCAUCCCCAGCUUCACGUGGAUCAAGCUGGAACCAAGGGAUCGCAACGGCACAGGAAAAUACCCCCAUCACACUUUGACCUGCAACGUUGUGCCGCCUCAGAGCAAUGACGAGUACAGCGGAGCAGGAGGUGGACAGAUGCUGAUUAUCGGUGGCACCUUUCCGCUGACGCAGGAUUGCGACACCCCGACUCAAUGGGGCACCCACAACAUCGACUUCGGGGCGCCCGAUCCAUGGCAGUUAUACAAGGAACAGGAAGUGCGUCAUGCGAUACCCAGCCGUGUAGUCUCAGUCAUCGGCGGCGACGCUACCGGUGGUGCCACGGUGUCGCAACCAAUUUAUGGAUGGAACAACCCGGACCUGGGCGUCAUUAUCACCCGGACCGGGGAGGUUUUGAGUGCGACGCGGUCGCCGACCCGAUAUAUUCCUGCUUCGACACACCAACCGAACACAGCGAUGAAUGCCGGACAAAUCGCUGGCAUCGCGAUAGGUGCAACGAUAGCACUCAUUGCGAUGCUUGUCUCAGCUACAACCCUUGUUAUGUGUUUCCUGCGCAAGAGAAGGCAGAAGCAGCAUGAACAAAAUCAAAAUGCUCCACUGAGCAAACAGGGCGGGAUCGGAAACAACCAUGGAGCCGAGCUGAGUUCAGAAGGGCAGAGGUUCGAGACAGACGGGGUAGAAAAAACAGAAUGGGAUGCCGCCAUGCAGUUCACCGCAACGCCGGGAGAAGGUUCAUCACCAGUGGAAUCAUGGAAUCCGCCAUUGUCUCCUUUCCUGACAACAGCCAGCAGCACGCUGGCCACAGGUCGACACUCGUUUACAAGCCCGGGGCUUGAUCCACCGCAGAUAGCGGAGUUGGAAGGCACCAUUGUACCGAUAGAACUGGUUGCAGGCUCUGUGGCCAACUCUGAUGCAGGGGAUCUAGAAGCCCCGAUGAACAGGGACAUGGAAUUCGACCGGCGCCACAGCCCACCACUAGACGAUAGCCAAAGCGCACGACGGCGUCUUCCUAUGCCGCCGGAAGACGACAGCCUACCCAGCCAGACGGAUAGCCACGGCAAUAGCGACGCAGUGUCGCCGCUCUCACCGCGCGGUCCUCCUCCACCGUUCGACCCGCCGAGGCGGGGCUGGACGCCACAGGUCAGUCAGUUGGACAUGCCGCUCCUACCGAGCAUAAAGAGUGGCCCAUCGCGAGGGUCGUGGCGGGUCUUUCUAGACGACCACGAAGAGUUUUGUCUAGGUCCCAAGUUGAUGGAGCCCGUUGCGUCUGGCCACGGGGCGAUGGAGACAGCAUCCGCCCCCGACCCCGGGGCGCAGAGCCUCCAACUCCGCGAGAUAUCCACGUCGCCGGACCAUGGCACACCGCCUGUCGAGGAUAGGAUAUCAGUUGGAACCCGCCGGAUGAUUUGA